AUGUCUUCCUUCACGAACUCCCCGAAAAGCGCUGUAGAAGUGGCCAACACGUCGAUGGAAGACAACAGCAGGAGUGAGAAGAAAACAGGUGAUGUGAUGGAGGCUGUUCAUAAGCUUUUCCACCGUCUUGAGCGGCAGAUAGAGAUGACCAAGCCGGCCAAUACUAUUCAUUAUAUAGUAGACAUGCUAUGCCAUUAUUACCCGGAGCAUCUGCGUGGGUUUGCUGCCAUUUGGAGCAUGGACCCAGACGUGCAGAGGGAGAAGAUUGAUGUUGCCAACUUCUUCCGCGUGAACAAGAUGUCGGCGGAAAUAGCUGCGCAUUUCAUCAGCGCCGGCUACGACACAGUUGAGACGUUAGAGAGUCUUACACCAGGUGACUUGCAGGACAUUGAGGCCUUCAGUAAAGCCAAGUGGCUGCCAGGCCAUAAGGUGACGAUCAGACUCCGGAUUUCGCCUCUCUAG